CCCGGCGUGGAUGGAGAUGAAGCGGCUAGUGGGGGGCUGGGUCCGGAUGCAGGAGCGGGUGCACCUGUCGGCCUCGUCGGGGCACUGAGAUGACGGUCUGGCCCCUGAGCAAGGGAAUGGAGUUGGCGAUUCAGAUGACGCUGCGGUGGAGACAGCCGAGGAAGCCAAGGAGCCCGCCGAAGCUGACAUCAAUGAGCUCUGCCGAGACAUGUUCUCCAAAAUGGCCACAUACUUGACUGGGGAGCUGACAGCCACCAGUGAAGACUAUAAACUCCUGGAAAAUAUGAAUAAGCUAACAAGCUUGAAGUACCUUGAAAUGAAAGAUAUUGCAAUAAACAUCAGCAGAAAUCUAAAGGACUUAAACCAGAAAUAUGCUGGACUACAGCCGUAUCUGGAUCAGAUCAAUGUGAUUGAGGAGCAGGUAGCAGCUCUUGAGCAGGCAGCCUACAAAUUGGAUGCUUAUUCAAAAAAACUGGAAGCCAAGUACAAGAAGUUGGAGAAGCGAUGAAAAAUGUGUUCAUGAGGAUCAAGUGGUUUGUUUUUUAAAUAUGGAAGAAUGUCUUAUAACCACUAAAUCCUGAGGCUGAUGAAUCAUCACAGCUCCUCAAAAGAAAUCUGUGCUGGUUAAUCCCAAAGCCAUGCGAUGCUGGAUGAACUGGAGGGCUGUGGCCGCUCCCGGGUCUCCUCCAAGGUGGCACCUCACAAACUCAGACCUGGAACUCCUCCUGCUCAGCUUUGACUUGAAUGCUUCAUCAUCUGUUCGAGAGGGAGACUCUAGAGUUCAGGGUGUACUGGGCUUGCCAGCAGUCAAGUGAGAGCGCUUUCCCUGGUAGUGGCCAGUUAGUACAUUAUUUUCUGAAUGGCUGGGUGUUUUGUUUUUUAUUGAUGAUGCUAAUGUAUUGUUAAUAAGAUUCUAAAUUAAAAAGGAAAACAAAACAAAUGUGUUUAUUGUAACUUAUUACUAUCUGUGUGUCAGUAAUUUGCUUUUCCUAUAACACUGCAAGUAACAGAAACUUCUACACUAAUUCCAAGCCUGGUCUUAAAGGUGGACCAGAAGGAGUGAAGGAGUGUUUUUAUAACUUAGUGUAUGAGAGGUUGCCUCCACACCACUCCCACCCCAAUUAGGGAUCGAACCUAGACCUUGAAUAUGCCUACCCAAGUGCUCAGCCAGGGAACUAUUUCCCCAGCCCCUUUACUUUUUAUUUUAAGGCUGGAUCUCUUCUAAGGCAAUGGUUCUCAACCAGUGGUUCAUUGGCCCCCUCUGGGGUCAUGUGUCAGACAACCUGCAUAUCAGAUAUUUACAUUAUAAUUCAUAAGAGUG